GGCGGGGUGCGUACGGAGGUAGGAAGAGGCGGCCGCAGACUUUCCGGUCGGCCCCUCGUUCGCUGCCGCGCGCCGGCCGGCUGGCCGCUCGGGUCGGUUGGCAGCUGCCUGGUGUCCGAGGGAUCCGGCCGCUGCUUCCCUACUUCCGGGGAGCUGUUUCGGGCAGUUCCAGGAGUCGUUCUAGAAAAUUACCAAACCUCCUUUGAGGGGUUGUGGGAACCCCUGGACCUGCAGUGUGCCCAGCAGAAGUGUGAGUAGCCUGGCACUACAUCUGCUGCUGGCGUCUGGAGUAGAGGAAGGCUUGUGGGGAUCUGAGGAUGACUCGGGGAAGAGACUGCCAGGACUGAGCCGAACCCUGGCACACCCAGUCGCUGUCCGAGAAUUAGCUGCUGGUGUGGAAAAAAAAAAAACAAAACACUACUUAUUUGAAUGUUUGGAUUUUGAGAAAUAGGACUGUUGUCUGUUACGGGGUGUUGGUCAUUAAACGGGUGGAAGAAAUGGGUGUAUCAGGGAGAUAGGCAGAUCUAACAAAAGGGGAUUUUUGAUCUCCCAUAGUUUUGAGCACAAGCCAUGUAACCAGGCAUUGGGACAGGUCUUGCAUACGCAGUUGGAACAAAACUGCAUUUUCUUGUCCUGGAUGCAUGUGGAAAGGAGGAUAUGGGGAUUGAAGUGGGCUGGUAGACUAAAGGUGGUCCCCAGGUGGGAGGAGUGAUUCUGAGCAGCUGCUGGAAGGAGGCACAGCGGGGAUUGCUGAGGGGCAUUCCUGCUAAGACCUAGGGGUGGUUUGUACCCCUGAAGAGGACCGUGAAAUCUGAGUUUGGGAAAUAGACCAAAAUUAAAGUGCUAGCUGUAUCAUUCUUUAGCCGUGUAGUUUUGUCAUAUUACUAAAGCUUUCCAAAACUAUGUUCAUGUCAUUUGUUAAAGAAGUACAUGCUGUAGUCAUUCUGGGAGGCUGUAACACAGUGGACUUGGUGGCUUAGACAACACACAUUUAUUUUUCACAGUUCUGGAGCCUGGCAGCUCCCAAGACCAAAGUGUCUGCAGAUUCGGGACCUGGUGACGGACCAGUUCUGGGCUUGCAGAAGCCUGGCACUCACUGAGUGCCAGCAUGGCAGAGAGAGCUGUGGGUAUAAGGAGCUUUUCCUGCAUAUUGCUUGUACUCUCUGUGAGUGGAGAUCCAGAGGAGGCGAGGGGGUGGCUGAAUUCUUGAGAAUGCAGCUGCAGAAAAACAGGAUUAAUAUACAGAGAACCGAUCCAAGGAUAAUUGCUGUUGAGAAUGGAGAGCUCGCUGCAAGAGGGAUCACUGUGGGGCCAUCCUUCAGAAGAGCAAUCUCAGGAGCCCCUCACGAUACUGUCUGCCCUGAUCUCUUCUAAAGAACAAGAAUCUGUGACCUUCAAAGAUGUAGCCAUAGACUUAACCCAGGAGGAGUGGACCCUGAUGGACAGGUCCCAGAGGAAGAUGUACAUUGAUGUGAUGCUGGAGAACAUCACUCAUCUGGUCUCUGUGGGGUGUCAGUUCUUCCAAUCAGAUGUGAUUUCCCAGUGGGAACAAGGAGGGGUGCUGUGGAGGGAAGACAGAGGACUUGCCCAAGGCUGGAGUCCAGGCUUGGAAAACAGCCAUAAAAAGGAAGAAACAAUAUCUAUGCAAGAUAUCUUCAAGGAGGACCCAUCUAACUGCAACACAAUAAAAUAUCACUCAGGAGAAGACCCCUUUGAACAUAUUGGGUAUGAUGAAGUUUUCACUCAGACCUACACAUUGACUCAACAUGUCUUAACUCACACUGGACAGAGACCCUAUAAAUGGAGUGAAUGUGGGAAACAUUUCAGUCAUAGAAGCGACCUUUAUAGACACCAGAAAACUUACAUGGAAGCAAAACCUUAUAAAUGUAAUCAAUGUGAGAAAUGCUUCCAUAAUAGAAGGAAGCUUUGCAUACACCAGAGAAUUCACACGGGAGAGAAACCCUAUAAAUGUGAUGAAUGUGGAAAAAACUUCAGUCGAAAUUCCCACCUUCGUUCCCAUAAAAUAACUCACACAGGAGAGAAUCCAUUUGUUUGUAAUCAGUGUGGGAGUCACUUCAGGUAUUUUUCAUCUUUAACUAGACAUAAGCAUAUUCAUUCUGGACAGAAGCCUUAUGAAUGUCAUCUGUGUGGGAAAGCCUUUGUUCAAAGUUCUUACCUUAAACAACAUGAGAGAACACACACUGGAGAGAAACCAUAUAAAUGUCUUCUAUGUGGAAAAGCCUUUGUUACAAGCUCUAAUCUUAGAGAACAUGAGAGAACUCACACUGGAGAGAAACCAUAUAAAUGUCAUCUAUGUGGAAAAGCCUUUGUUCAAAGCUCUUGUUUUAGACAACAUGAGAGAACACACACUGGAGAGAAACCAUACAAAUGUCAUCUAUGUGGAAAAGCCUUUAUUACAAGCUCUUGUCUUAAAAAACAUGAGAGAACUCACACUGGAGAGAAACCAUAUAAAUGUCUUCUAUGUGGAAAAGCCUUUGUUACAAGCUCUAAUCUUAGAGAACACGAGAGAACCCACACUGGAGAGAAACCAUAUAAAUGUCCUCUAUGUGAAAAAGCCUUUGUUACAAGCUCUAAUCUUCGAGAACACGAGAGAACUCAUACUGGAGAGAAACCAUAUAAAUGUCAUCUGUGUGGAAAAGCCUUUGUUACGAGCUCUUGUCUUCGAGAACAUGAGAGAACCCACACUGGAGAGAAACCAUAUAAAUGUCCUUUAUGUGGAAAAGGCUUUGUUACAAGCUCUUGUCUUAGAAAACACGAGAGAACCCACACUGGAGAGAAACCAUAUAAAUGUCCUCUAUGUGGAAAAGCCUUUGUUACAAGCUCUAAUCUUAGAGAACAUGAGAGAACUCAUACUGGAGAGAACCCAUAUAAAUGUCCUCUAUGUGGAAAAGCCUUUGUUACGAGCUCUUGCCUUUGAAGACAUGAGAGAACUCACUUUAAAUGUAGUGAAAGAACAUGGAAGAGCCUUCAGCCACAGCUCUAAUCUAUAAUCCGAGAAUUCAUAAGUGGGGGAAAUUUAUGGCCAUAUUCAUUAUGGAAAUGCCUUCAUUUUAAAUUUAUCCUUACACAACAUGAGUGAACUCCAUUUGGAGGAACCCUAUAUUUAUCAUCGAGGAGGAAGAGACAUUAGCUGAUCUCCGGUUGUAGGGUGCACAAGAAAAUUCAGUAUGAAUGAUAAUCUAAUCUCCCUGGAAGGGAAAUUACACAGGAGAAUCUUACAAAAGGAGGUCACUCUAGGAGAGUAACAAAAAUUGAUGCUGGGGAGCUUAUUCAUUGUAAUAUGCAUGGAAAAAACAUUUACUAGUAGAAAAACUAUUGUAGGCAUGUGAAGUUUCACACUCUGUAGAAUAGUGAAUGAAUGGAAGUCUUCAGUGAUUUUUAAUUCCUUAGUCAACAUGCAAUUUCUCACAUUGUAUAUAUGCCAUUGCUAAAAUCAGAUGAAAGGUUAGAGUUUGCAUUAGAAAUCCCUGACUAGGAAAAACAUCUAUUGAGAAUGUCUAACCACACAGUUUAGACAUUAAUUUAUAUUUUUGCCUGAUGGCCUAUUAUAAAAAUGUAAGAAACAUAUGUAGGAUUGUGACAUCAUCUGGGAAUUCUGAAUGCAGAAUUUUAUGACAAUUAUUUUCUUCCUUAAUGGACUAGUAUGUAGAACUGCAUAUGAAGCAAAAUUGUUGCUAAAAAAUCCAUUAUACUGGUUAGGUCCUAUUUUUCAUACAGCAAUAAUUAUGAUUGGGUUCAACUAGAAAGUAAUGUUGAAUAUUAACUGAAAAACAACACAAGAUGAUGUGUCAUUACUACAUAUUGUUAACCAUGUAUGUAGAUUAUAAUGAUGAAUUAAAGAUUAAUACAUAGUUUGUGACCGAA